UUAUUAUCUCAUCGCCACGUGGGAAUAUAUUUGUAUUACGUACCUAUGUAUUUGUAUAUAUUGUAUUACGUAUGUAUACGCACUAAAUGUGCUUACGUAUUGUUGCUUCUUGGCUAGUCCCAGUUUAUUGAUGAACACAACGACGUCAUGCUAAAGGAAACUUGAACAAAAUAAUGAACGAUAAAACAUUACAUAUAAAGUCAUAUUAAGUGACUUCCUUCAUUCAGUAACACAAGAGUAAUACUAGCCGAUACAGGUUCAUUUACUAAUUUACGCUCUUCAAACAGUGCAAUAAUUUAACAGUACGAAUACAUAAAGCCGUUGAGGUGUUCAAAAUGGCCGCUUGUUUAUAUUGUUUCUUUCUAAUGAUCGUUUUAUACAUUAACGGAGUGACCGGCAGCUGGUUUGCGGACGACGCUUCUGUUAAUGUCGAUGAAGACGUACUAGAUAUUCAAAGUGAAACAAUAGCAAGGAAGAAGUUCGACUUCAUAUUUCCUGGUACAAAAUGGUGCGGUAAAGGGGACAUAGCGAAGAACUACGCGGACCUGGGCUCAGCGCGCGAGACUGACAUGUGCUGUCGGGAGCACGACCACUGCACUGACCUUAUACUCGCCGGGGAGACCAAGCACGGCCUCAACAACGACGCCUUCUACACCAGGUUGAACUGUAAAUGUGACGAGGCAUUCCGGCUGUGUCUGAACAAAGCUAACACGAAGACGUCGCGCAGAAUCGGCAAGAUAUACUUCAACGCGCUCGGCACCACGUGCUACAGACGAGACUACCCUGUCGUAGGCUGCAACACUUACGGAGGAUUGUUCAGAAAGAAAUGUUUGGAGUACGAUUACGACACGAGGAGCGAACAGAUCUACCAGUGGUUCGACGUCAGGAACUACGCCAACUGAUGACCUGGACACACUGAACACCUUCCCGGAUGCAGCC